GCCGCCGCCUCGCCGGAGCCGCCGUUGCCCGUCGCCGUUGCCGUUGCGACGCGCCUCGUCGACGAUGCCUCCGCCCGCGAGAUGCUAACUAAAUGAUGGUGCUAAGGGAUUCAACGGGCAAGCAUGAGGGAAAGAACACCCUCUGCCGACGACACCCCGAAAAGGGCCCCACCGGCACCCAGCAGAGAGGCGGCUUCGGCGGACGUAGCUGGUAGCGAGACACCGAGCGACGAUACGGCCGAGGGUUAUCACACGGCGAAGUUGUCCGGCAUCCCUACGGCAUCCGGCUCGGCGUCGCCGUCCGAUAGAAUGGUAGCGUCGACGCAGAGCUUGGAGGAUCUGGGCGUCGACCAUCCCGCCAACGCGGCUGGGAGCAACGCCGACCGUCAGCAGCAUCAACAACAACAGCAGCUGCAGGAACGCUACGGUCACGCCUAUAGAUCGUCGACGCAGACCGCCCAGGAUAAGCGGUCGCGGCUGAGCAACGUGAUCAACAACCUGCGCAAGAAGGUGCCGGAUGGAGUUGCCGCCAGCGGAAACUCGGACUCGCCGAGGAAGGAAGAGGACGAGCGGAAUAGCGUCGAGAGAAAUCUGGAGACUCUAGAGAAGUACGUGAUGACGGUGCUGAACGGCGUGAUCAAGGACAACGAGGAGGAGGACAAGAACGCGGAGAAGACGACGGAGCUGGAGAGGCAGAGGAAAGAUGAUGAGGAGGAGGAGGAGGAGGAGGAGGAAGAAGAGGAGGAAGAGGAAGAUCCAACCGGUACUCCGGUUAAGUCCGAGCCUUCGAGCGAGGGUGAUAUCGAAGCGGCCGUUGUGCCGCGAUUAGAGGACUCCUCGACGGUGGAAAAUACCGAAGACGCCGAAUCCUCAGAGACUACAGACUGCUCGAAUAUAAAGAGAACGGCGGAGGAGAGUCUGCCGGAUUCGGAGGUCAGAAUUAGUCAAGAUACAAAGCAAUCUCCCUCGAGGAUGGAGGAGGAACGCCUGGACGUUGAGGAAAAAGAAUCAUCCGAAGAUGAUCGAGGUGUUUCGAGAGAAAACAAGGAAAAUCGAACAUUGAGCACGAUCAUAAUGGACAGGUUGAGCGAGCAUCAGGUAGAGGAGAGGGCGAACGUCGACGACGGCAGAGGAAACCGAACGCGUGAUGAACAACACGCGAUCUCGGAAAACGCCGAGACGCAAACAAUCUGCGGUGAACUGCUGAACGAUCUGUUGAGCAGCGUUUAUCGCACGAUUGACGAUCACGAGAAGCAAACGGCCGAGGACUGCGAGAAGUCGAAGAGGACCGACGCGACCGAGUCGAGGGUGAAAGUGACCAAAGACUCGAGCAUCAAUACUCAGGAGUUGCCCGUGACGGGCCUGCAUUGCAGUCUACCCUUGGACAAGGUCGCGUCCGUGCUUCAAAACUGUCAGACGAGUGAAUUAUUGACUUUGCGACUCUCUUCGGGAUCGUCUUCGUCGAGUCCCCCGUCGGCGCAGAAGUUGAAACCGUCAUCUAGCACCACCCCACCGGUCAGACUCUUCUGUCUCUACUGCGACAGGAAGUUCCUGUCCAUGUCCCUGCGGCAACGACACACGGAGCGAGCGCAUCAGCUCGGGGGUGGCAGGAGAUCGGAGAGGAACCUCCGAAAACCCUCCCAGAACUGUCAGUACUGCUCCGAGAAGUGUGCCGACACCCUGGAGGCGCUGUUCCAACACAUGGUCGGUAGCCACGGGGAUAAGUACCACGCGUGCGUUCAGUGUUCGACGAGGUAUCCUACCCGGGAGGCUCUGGCGGGACACAUGAGCGAGACGCACGGGGGAAACGUCGAGAGGAUCGCCCAGGCUCAGCCGGAAAAGAUCAAAGAAGGCUCGCCCCCCUGCAAAGAAUUUUGUGGUCAAAAUCUACGUGAAAAGGUGAGCAUGUCAGUUCGAGAGAGAAAGUCCGAAGAAAAGGAAUCGGAGGAUCCAGAUGACAGUCGGCCAUUGGACGGCAGCCGGACGAAACUCAUUGCGGCGCGGGAGUCCCUCGAUAAUCCGGCCAGUCCCGAAUUUGACAGUUCCUUCUACAGCAAUGUGAGCUGCAACAUCCGCGAGAACCUGCUGCACCAUCUGGACGGCAAGCUGCAGCCACCGAUUGCUACCUCAAGCUCGACGGCGGUGGCGAUGACAACGGGAUCAAAAUCACCGCAGCAACAACCGCAACAGUCGUACUACGAGCACAGCGUCAAUCAGAUCCAAUUUCCCAUCGACAUCUCACUGACCGCGGCCACGCCGGUUUACAGCAAGGACUACUCGGCCAGCGAGGAGUACGAAAACUCGAGCGAGUACGCCCGGAAGGCUGGUAAAACGAGCAGCGGCUCGCGACCGCGCCGUGUCUCUUUCGAGAAGUACAAUUUUCCGCGCAAGUACGACGGCAGGGAGCAGUGGACCUGCUCGAUCAAGGACCUCAGCAAGUUCGACAUCUCCACGCAGCUGUCACUUCGGAAGAAGCAGCAGCUGAUUAAGGAGCGCCUCACUAUCAGCAGACUGCAUCAGAUCCCGCUGCUACCUUGCGAGACCACUGAAGUGUCUCUUCGCGAUCAGGAGCAGACCGAGUCUGUCGUGGAAACGGCAGCGAGUAGUCAGGAUAGCGUUGAUGCUGUCUGCGUGGUCGACGCGAGUGCCGCGACUCUCAAUGUCGUCCGCUGCGAUGUUGACGAACCGCUCCCGAGCGAGAUUAAGGAGGAGACGAUCGAAUUGUCCGCGACCUCAACGUCGUCGUCAUUGAGUCCGACGAUUAUCACGGAAUUCACUAUUGAAUUCUUAGACUUUAUGAGACUGAGAAAGCGCGAGGAGGGCGACAACGAAGCGGCCAAUGCUCAGGAAAUCACUUAUGCUGAGCUGAGCGGCGAGUGGUCGCGAACGCGGAUCUACAUCUGCGGCGCUUGCGGUUCCAAACACGUGACGCUGAAGGAGAUGGAGGAUCAUAAGGCUUCCACGCAUCCGCGCGUUCUGUGCUCGCACUUCGACCUGGUUGGCGAUCAACGCGAGCACUAUAAGCAUCUUUAUUUGCCGGGACGAGACGCGCCCACCGACGCGGCACGCGACGCUUCUCUCACGGAGAUGGUGUGCACCAAGUGCGCCAAGGGCUGCCCGAACUUGGGCGAGCUACAUCGCCACAUGCUGGAGUGCGGUGGCGAUCAGGCCUGGUUGCUCGGCCUCACCGGUAGCGGCAAGAAGAAGUGUAAAUGGCGGCCGUUCGGUAGUCGCAGCCGUCGACGGCGUCAGCGCGGCCCGAAGAGAAACAUACAGAACUCGCAGACACAGCCACGGGUUAUCCAUGUGGAGCGAUUCAAGGAGAAGCAGACAUCAACCGGUCCUAGAGUCCGGCCAAGCGACCGCGAAAGCAUUCAGAAAAUGCUAGCCAAUCUGCCGCCUAAAAGAGCCACGAGGAAGGUUCUGCAGGAGAGCAUGAUGCGAUCGCAGGGCCGACUUCGUAACGUGCAGACCAGAACGAGGCCUCGCAUAAUCGGCGACAGCUCGUCCCGAAUCUCACGUAACAAAGCCGCCCUGAGGAACAAACUGCUGAAGAACGCCAAGUCGAUUCAGCGGAAUCGCUGUCGAAGCGACAACAUCGCCGCGGUGAUCGAGAGCGUCGUGAGGAAGUGUCACGAGACCGAGAAGAAAUCCGACGGCGAUGGCGAGAAAAGCACCGAAACCGAGAACGAGGGUAAGAAGGAUGCCAAAGAGGUGAACGAAGGUUCGUCGAAGGCGACCAGCAAAACUUCGGAUCAGAGUGAUAGAACUGCUCGACCGAGACCCGUUGGACGACCUAAAGUUCUCGGUAAGAGGAGGAACGUGAAGAACCCGCAACUUCAAAGCAAAAGCGGUAACAAGUUGGCAAAAGCGAUGAGUAAGUUCGCGAAGUUCAGGAAUGGCACUGCAUCCGAGACGAAGGGCGAAGGCGAGGAGACAUCCUCCCCAAAGAGUACACCAAAGAAUGCAAGGACGACGCCGAGAGCGAUUGACAAAGACGAGGGUGGUCUCGACAGCAAGAAAAUGUUGACGACUCCUGGAGUAAGGAGCAAAAAUAAAUUGACGCAAGGCAUACUGAAGAGAAGGCGUUUCGUGGAUCCGGUGGCUUCCUUGAAUGCCUCUCUUAAGGCAAAAUCGCAGUUACGAACGCAGGACGGUAAGUUUGCCCGCAAUCCGAACAAGGGUUUGUCAGCGAAAUCGGAAACAAAAACGGACGACGGGAAACACAAGGCGGACUCGAUUGAAAUCAAGCCUAAGCUGAAAGCGACGCAGAAGUUGAAGAAAACCGAGGUCCAGCUGCCACGAAGAGUCACCCGGCUAUCGUCGGAUAGUGACAAGAUGCCGACUUUGGAACCAGUCGUGCAGAUCGUUUCCUCCAACGAGGAAUAUGUCGAUAAGUCGGCGAACGAUCUGCCUAUCUUGUCGCCAGUGACGUCGUCGGGAUCUCUUCAGGAUCAAAAGACAUCCCGAAAGUACGUUUUGAAGGAGAAAGAGGGUAAUGUCGAGGCUAAUACCGAUCUCGAGGCUGUUUCUGAAAAAAGCAAAAAAGUGCAAAAAUCAACGAGAGGAAGAAAGCCAAAGGAGAAAACGAAAAACAUAGCAAAGCAAAAGAAGAUUAAUAUAGUUGAAGAAAACAAAGUUUCCAAAAAUAACUCAGCGGUGUUAAAAGAUGAUAAAAUAAAAGGAAAAAAGAGUUUAUCGGUGAGUGCUAAUAGCGGCGAAAAUAGCAAAGAAGAAACGUCAAAGAGAGAGACAAUCGCCAAAAAAGAUUCUAGAUUGAGGAAGGAAGAAGUAACGAAGGAAACUCGGAGCAACUCGAAAACCAGAAUGGAUAAAGAUUCCGUGAAAUUGUCGGAUAUUCCAUUCGAGGUAAAGAAACUGCUGGGUUCGGCUAGCAAGGAGGAUCUUUUGAGUACACUGGAACUCGCGUCUAACGACUCGAAACGCAUCCUGAGGCAAUCGACACCCAGAUCGAAAAUACUUCAAGUGAACGACAAGAGUCCGCGGGAACUCGAUGACGAAUCGGAUGGAUCGAAGGGCACGAGCAAGAAGGAGAAGACUGAAGCGUUUAGAAAAUCGUCCAGGAAAAAGAGCGACGAUAAGAUGGCAAAAACGAAUCUAGAAAAAGAUUCGUCUAACGCGAAUGCUAAUGCGGCGCAAAACGAAAGAAGUCAACAGGGUAAAAGAGACAGAACAGCAAAAACGAAGGAGAUUGCGGUUGACAAUCCCGAUGUGGAAGGUAAAACUGAUGGCAGACAAACGAGAGGAUCAUUGAGCGAUGCCAAAAGUGAGCCUACUUUGGAAGUCGCAAGCGAUAGCUCCCGGAAAGGCAGUGGCUUGCUGGGGAAACGUCGCAGCCGUAGAUCGAUCGACGAAGAUAAAGAGACUAACACGCACACGUCCGAAGAACAGAACAGCAACGAAAAUGUUAUGUCGAUCGAAAAGGAAGCCGAGAAGGAACUUGAUGUCUGUAAGAAGGAUAAUGAAGACGAAAGUGAUAAAAAUUCCGAUGAUCGCUUAGACUCGACGGUAGUGAAUAUCAAUUUGAGUCACCUGCAGUCGGAGACGAGCAACCUGUCCAUCGACAGCGGUAAGGAAAACUCGUUGGAAACUCCCGUGAACGUUCACACCAAGGUGAAAGUAGGAAGACCUAAAAAGACGUGGGGCGCGCGCCGCGAGAAGUCGUCGAGGAAGAGAUCCUUGAACAACGUCAUCGGUAUUCUGACGGAAGGCAUGAAUAUUCCCAUAGAAGCGCAGCAGAACGUACAGGUGCUCACGGUUCAGACCAGUCUGGAUAAUCCGGACAGGGUAGCGCGAAACGGAAGCGCGCAACAACCAAGCGGUGGCGAGGUGACCGCGGUGGACUCAGCAUUCAGCGAGCUGUCGAUCCUCGCCAAGAGCGAAGAAGAAUCCACGGAGAACGAAGCCGUUACGGCGGCAAGCACGACCGACACUUCUCACGCAGACGAUGAGAAGAAUGCUUGUCCUGAUGAGACGCAGGUCGAGAAUGCCUUCGUCGACGUAUCGUCGAAAGUCACAACUGUUAAAGCGUGUUCGCCAGCCAACGACAUCAUCCUUGAUCUGUCCAGAAGAAAACCCAAGGGCAAGGGCUCUUUCUUAGAGAAAAUUGUGUCGAAAAUAGCCAAGCAGAAGGACGCUCUGCUAGAAGGUGAGGUAGGUUCUUUGCUUGACACUGCGGCCGAUGAGUUGACCAGCAUUCUCGAUGAGGUCGGAUCACCUACCUUGGCUGAUAACGCGGAGAAUGCAAAUUCUGAUGAGGCAAGCCAUGUCUCGAAAAACAACAAAGAUAACAGUGCGACAAUUACACCCACUGAUAAGGAACUAUCGGCAAUCGAUUCUGAAAUCCAAGCGUUGGAAAACGACAAAACCAAUGUCGAGAGUACGAUUUCCAAACAUUCAACAGAUUCCUUAGAUGCUUCAGACAAUCUCGAGGAAAACUUGGCGACAAAGACUGAAACGCAAAGCGAGAAUCAAACUAAAGUAAGUGAUGUUUCAGAUGUUGAGAUGAAGAGCGACGAUGAUGUGGACAGAAAGAUGAAUGAUGCAAUGCCUUCUGUUGAGGAAUCACAUGUUGAAUCUUACGGAAAUAAAUUGAUAACGAAUAAAGAAGCAGUUAUUUCAAUAGAAAUUCCAAAUAAAAGUCCUACCGAUACUUCAAUUUCGCAUCCGUUAAUUACGCAAAAAGAAAACUUAGAAAAACUCGAAAGAAAGGGAAGAGUCACGAAAUCCAGGAGAAAAUCCAGGAAAAGGUCAUUGGAGAACGCAAGCUCUAAGAAACGUAAAAAGAAACCAUUAGAAAUCGUCGAAGAUCGCGCUGAAGAAGAUGUGCAGAAGGAACUCCGGCUGAGCGACAUCAUCACGUCCAAAGACACGUCCAAUGUUGGAAAUGAAUUUUCAAAAGAAGAUAGCAACAUCGUGGAGACUUCAAACGCAGAUACCGAAAUUGAGAAGUCGAUGUCGCUUCAAUGCAGCGAAUACGAAAUCAUCAAGGAUGAUUUGAAAUCAUCGACUUUAGAGAAGGACCUCACAAAAGCUAAUGAUGAAUCGAGUUUAGAAAAGUUCACCGAUCUUCCAGAAGUAACUUGUGAAAAUGCGAAAUUAACGGUAAAUCUUGAAGAAUCCCUUGACAAAAUAAUUUCCAACAAAAAUGCUGUUGUAAACGAUGUUCGAUCGACAGAACUGGUUGAGAAAAGCGCUGAUUUUUCGAUAUUAUCUUCAGAGAAAACCGUUGAAUGUGGAAAAUUUGCGAAUAAGACACAGAAAAAGGAUCAAACUGAUACGAAGGAGCCUUCGUCUAAACGUACAUCAAAGAGAAAAUCGCAACCUGCCUUAACUUCUCCGAUAGAUGCUGCGACAGAUACUCUCCAAACUUCCGUAAAACCGACUGACGAGACAGAAAAUGUAUCAUUUUCAUCGUCUAUUGUGAUAGAACAAUCUUCGGAAUCAACUGAUGUACAACCGACAAAAAUUGGGACCACUAGCGAAGACUCGGACGUUCCUUUAGAAAAAUUAUUGUAUUCAAUGGAAAUGUCUGGAAAACAUAAAGAGACACAAAAUACAAACGAUUCAGGUCUCGUCAAUUCAACGCCUUUAAAAACAACGAGAAAACGUGGCGCGAAGAAAAAGUCAUUGGCCGAUGAGCAUCUAGAACUAUCGGAAGACAAGCCUGUCGAAGUUGCUUCGAAACGCAAUGACGAAUCCAGCAUCGCAGAUUCUAACAAGCAAUUAUCGGCUAGCUUGGAGAACUUCAAAAUACCGGAAGUAAAGGAUCUGCUGCAGAGCGGGAAGAAACGAGGCCCGAAGAAGAAAUCGCAGCCCGAGGAUGGUCGCUUUAACGGCGGAAGCAUUCCCGAAGAAUCUCGGGCGAGCGAGGAACUUGCGGAGAACAGCGAGAUGUCCAACUUGGUCGAAGAGAAAGUCGAAGAACAAGAAGAAACGGAGAAACAUGUAGAAGAAUCGAGCACGAAGAGGCUCGAAAGAUCGAGUUCUUCAGGUUCGAUCGGGCUUACUCCACCUUCAACCAAGACGAGAUCUAUGUUCAAGAAAAAGACACAGCUGUCGAGCGAGGACCUUGCCGAUUCCAGCACUCGAAGUCAGGGUGCCGAAAGCACGGACGACCUGUCCGAGAGCUCGUGCGUCAGCGAGUCCAGCUACUUCAGGAAGAAGCGAUUCGCGAAGAAGAAGAAAAAAGAGGAGACGGUAGCUGACGAUAACGCGCGAGACGAUGUUUCUCUCACAGAUUCGAUAACGUUGAAGAGCGAUAAGCAAAAUGCGAAAAGGAAGACGAGCAAAACCAGAUCGUUGCUCGACGAGCAUCUUGAUCUCUCCGACGCGGACGACAUCGACAUUCCGAUGGACAUCCAAGCUUCAUUAGAAAAUGCGGAAGCGUUGGAGAACAUCGAACGAGAGUUCGAACUCACUGAAAAAUCUUCGGAUCUGCAAAACGAAGGCGCAGACAAGCCAACGGAUGAUACGGAGGACAAAGAUUCGUGCGCCACAUUAGAACGACCGGCAUCGAAUAAUGAUUCUCCGGAUAAUCCGGUCACUCCGAAGAAACGUGCGGCUGGCAACUUCGUGGUCGUGCAUACAAAGACCGGCGAGAUCCUGAUCGUGGAGAAGCGGAAGAAGCUAACGAAGGAGGCGGCGAGAUUUUUCUGCGACGUGUGCGCCACCAGCUUUACCCGCAAGAGCUCCCUGAAGAAACAUACGUUGUCGCAGUCGCAUCUAUCGCAAUUGACAAAAUCCACCAAGGAGAAAAUCGAGCCUGUUGACAGCAGUACAUCGGAGAAUGCUGAAGAAUACGAUGACGAAUGGAAGAGUAACGAUCAACAGACGGAGAGCGUUCCAGAAGACACUCGGUCUCAUGAAAUCGUCCGAAAGUCUUUGGAACCAGACGAGAGUUACAUUCCUUACGUAGCUAGCGCGGAAUCGACGAAGCCUCUGGUGGAUCUUGGAAACACAAGACAGAUGUUGGAAGAUAAACUGCUGGACGAAGAGAUUUGCAAGAUCACCGAGAAUAUGAGUCAUGACGAGUAUGUUCUGACCGAUCAUGUGACACCGGAUGAACCGAUGUUGUCGUCGACGCCGAUCAAGCCCGUCAAAAAGCAGCAGGAGGAAUCGGUACGAGGCAAGAACGCUGACAAGAAGCGGAACAAGUCGAAGAAGAGGAAUCUAGCGGAGGAACAUUUGAUCUUGGAUUCCCCCGAAUUGGAAAAAUCUAAAAUCGACUCGGAUAAGCUUUCAAAACCAACUAACGACGUCGUACGAAUUUCCUCGCCAUCUUGCGACCGUACUUUGACAAAAGAAACAAUGGAAACAGUGGAAAAGGUUGAAGAUGUUUCUAAUAAAUGUGUAAAUAUUGAUGAAAUAAAGAAUCAGUCGGAAUUAAUUGUUAAAUCUUCGAAUGAAGAAACAAGUUCAAAAUCAGCAUGUGAUAUCGAUGCAAAAGCUGAACAACGAACAGAAUCCAGGACCACGAGGAGAACGCUGAGAAAGCUCUCCAAAGUGGAUAAUGAGGGAAAAGAAGAGACUUCAGCUUCAACCGAGACGAAUCGUUUCAGCCUGAGACCCAGAAGAAGUAGAAACAUCCAGCAUUACGAGGAAUCUGACGUCGAAGCUGAUGUAUAUUUUAUGGACACCUCUAUGGAGAUUAAUAGCGACGAAAUAGAAAGUAAUCAUGACGCGCAAAAGGGACAAGACGAAGUGGAAGAGGAAACAAACAAGAAUGUAUUACGGGAGAAGACGCGCGUUGACGCCGAAGAUAAGAAUCCGCAGGAUGCGGAAGUCGCAAAAUCAAAGACAGACACGACGAACGAUACUAAGAAAAGGAAACGUGGCAGACCGAGGCUUAAGAAUCGAAUUGUUCCGAAUUCCGGUAUCGUUUCAGCUCACACAAAACCCGAAGUUAAUGAAAAUGAUGUUGCUACGGACAAUCUUGACGAAUCAAAAAUCGAGGAUCAAAAAUUAGAUUCGCAUAUCAAAGAGCGUCUUGACGAGGCCGGCAAGGCGCCACAUAUUGAUGCAAGUGCCCAGCCUUCUAAACGGAGCAGGGGCAGGCCUAGGAAGAAUCCUAUACCAAUUACAAACAACUCUUCAGUACAAGCAGAUAAUUCGAGUGCUUCCGAAUCGACGAAAUCAAAUCACGAUGAAGUGAAAGAAGAGACAGACGCGACUGAAUCGCGUUCCAAAACGAUUAUCGAAGAAAUUGCAUCGAUCGGUUCUUUGAUACCGAACGUGGAGUCUUCGCCCGCCGUUCAACAGCACGCUCCGGAAUCGAGUUUAUCGGAAACGAAGAAAGAUUUAUUAAAUGCUGAAGAGGCUCGAAGCACCGAGCCGAGCGUUUCCGAAGAUCAAAUGGCGCAGAGAAUAGAAUCUACGGAUAUUGAAGCAGACGAUACCGUACUCGUAGAGAAUUGCAAGAAUACGCUUACCUUCGAUAUUCCACCAGAAAAAGUCGAAAUAUUGAUGCCAUCAGAAAUAAAUACGUCUGUUGAUGAUGCAAAAUGUAUGCUAGAAGACAAACAUAACGACGAUACGAGCGUGAAUAUUUUAACGAAUCUAGCGACCGAGUCUUCAGCUGAGCUGUCCCCACAAAUUACCGAACAGGUACCGAUCGACGAUUUGAGAUCGAUUGAAUCAAAAGUAACCGACAACGAUGAGAGCUUCAAGGUUCAGAAACUAACAGACAUCUCGGAAGAGAAGCCAACAAAACCAGAAGAAGAAUUUCCCGAAGAAGUUCCCGAAGCAAAGCUUUCAGGAUCGGAAAAUAGCGAGGACGAAGCUUUAGUCACUGACGAUAAAUCUCUUCCCGUCGCAAGUUCCCAUGAAUCUCAGAAAGUAAUAGAUAAAUUAGAGAAUGAUAGCAUUUGCGACGAAAAGACGUCUCGACUAGAAUCAUCUAACAAGAAAUUAUCCAGAAAGUCGACGAGUAAAGAACGAGAAAUCGAUCGCAAAAGACCGAAAACGUCCAAGGGCAGAAGGAAAAAGGUCAAAAUCGCUGAACUGUCGAGCGACAGCGAGAACGAUGAUGACGGGAUCGAAUCCGUUGCUUCGAGCAAGAGCAAGAUCGUGAAGAGCGUGUUCGGCCGAGUGUUCGGCGGCGAGAAAGCGGACAAGGUGAAGGAAGUGCUGAACGACUGGGUGUCACGGUCAGAAGACGACUCGGACAUGUCCAGGAGUGCUUCCGAAGCGAGAUCCUACCUGCGCGGACCGACAAAGUUUCCCGAGAACAGGCACAAGAAGGAGAAGAAGUGUCACCCUGGCUCCGAAACGAAGAAGGACACCGAUCGAUCACCCAGAAAGAAAGGAAACGACAAGUUCGGUAGUGAGGCUCACGGGAAGGCGAAGAAUCGGAAGAAACGAGAGAAGGAUGUCGAAUCGAUAUCCGAGGAUCGCAUCGAGUCGCCCAUCAAUCCGGCCAAGCGGAGACACAGAGAGAGCAAGAUCAGGGCGGACGAGAAGAUCCUGAGAACCUUCGAUGACGAGUCGCCGACUGUUUCGGAAGACGACAAGAUUAAGGGAACGAACGAUCAGAUUAACAAUGAAUUGAACGAUAAGGACAAGGAAACGAGGAGACACCAUGAAAAGGAAACGAAUAAGGAACGGACGAAGGAUAAGAAUUUGACCUCCGAAAACUGGGAGAGUCUUCGAGUCGAUCACGACGCUCACGGAAAGUCGAAGAAUAGUUCCAGCCAUCGUAAAAAGCAAGACGAGCGUUCUUUCUCGCCAUCGCAGUCCAAUGUGUUCAAGCACAGACGGAGGGAGAGCAAGACCAGAGCCGGCGAGAGGAUCUGGAGAGCAUUCGACCACGAGACUUCAUCGUACCUUUCCGACUAUCAGGAUCUCGACGAGACGCGCCGGAUUUCUAACGAGCAGGAGAGUGAGUUUUACGAACCUAAAAACUUGAAUCGUUCGGACAAUUUGAAGAGCGUUAAACAAAAGGAUGAGGACGCUUGGAAAAACGCCAGUUUGACGGAUCGGGAACAGAGCGGGGUGCACAGUGGACGCGGGAGGCUCAAGAAGGACUCGAACAAUUGCAGAAGACAGGAUUCUAACGUGAUUAAAAUAAGCAAGACGAAAACGAACAAGAAGGUUCCAAGAGACUUUGAUAACGAUCCGUCAAUUCCUUCGAGAGAUCAGGAAACGAAGGACGAAACGCAAAACGAUCAAACGACACGAUCUACAAAUGAAUCGAGGAAUCGUUCGAAAACUUCGAUCAAGGAUAAUGCUUAUGAGUCCUUCUAUGGCGACUCGGUUGUUUCGAAACACACGAAUAAAGAUCAAAAUAAUUUGCUAGCACAUUCAGAUCGGUCAACCAGGAAGAACAAAAAAGGGAUCGUCAACGAGGAUUGGAAACGGUCAGCGAGAAACCUAGAAUUCAAUCAGGAGGAUGAUCAGCCGACCGAGAAGGAAAUUGGACGAAAAGACGAAGAGUCUGCGAUAUCGUCGCACAGUUGCAGCAGUUUAGCGGCCGAAGGAUCAAUAAUAAAGAAUCAAUUGACCGAUUUCGAUGGAAAUUCUCAGACGAAUCGAAAGUCCGAUGACAACGACGACGAGGAGGAAGAGAGCGACAACGAUCUCGGACGACAAAGAAUGUCGCCGUUCUACGCUCGCGAGACUCCCGAUAGCUCGAUAGAGAACAGCUCCAACGAGGAAGAGGAGGAGGAGGAGGAAGAGGAAGACGGCGAAGAGGAGGAAGAGGAGGAGGAACGUAUAACGCACGAGGAUAAUUCCAGGAAGACGAACCCUAACGAAUUUUCCGGAGAGAAGAUCAUCAUUAGAUCGCCGUCGUCGGGUCACAGAUCGGAUGUGGUGACGAUCGCGCCCACAGACGCGAUCGAGGACAACGCGUUGGAUGUGCCGCGGGAGAUCGAGUCGACGAUGGAGCCGCGGCAAGGCAAGAUCCUCAACUUCGACGAGGAGCUCUUCGUGGAGUGUUGCUCGAGAUUGAAGGCCACCAGCGAGAACGAGCUGAGAGGCGCGAAGAAGAUUAAGCUGGACCACACGGAGUCAUAUCAUAAACGGGACGAACAACCACAGGGAUUCAGGGUCAACAGAGACCGAUGGAGGGACGUGGAGAGCCAAAACAGUCUCGGUAGUCUUCUGGAGUCAGUGAAUCAAUUGCUCGGCGAGGAGAUGUGCAACAGCCACGAUAGAAGCUAUCGAACGCGUGGCAGCGAACGAUCGAGCAGAUCGGCCAGUCCGGAUGCGUCGCGAGUCGACAAUCUCGGUUAUGAGGACAGUUUGGACGUAGCAUUCGAACACAAUAACAAACUGCGAGAUAAGAUCCAGCAGCGCAUGAGGGAGAGCGAGAAUCUGAUAGCCAGCACAUUCGGCCAGAAAAUCAACGACAACGAUCAUCCUGACGACGACAAGCGAGACAGCGUUGGAAACUCGUACUCGUCGAGUAUUCACGAACACGAACAGCUAUCAACGUCGGUCGUGUCGAAUAGAGAGCAGGAGACCUCGCCGGGACACAAGAACAAGGUGAACUCGACUCUAGGCGGUCUACAUAAGGCGCUAUCCAACUUGUUGCACAGCAACGGCAAGCAUGAUCAUAACGGUUCCGCUCCGAUGAAGCUGCUGGCGGAAUUGGCCUGCGCCCGAGCUCCGACCUCCACGUCGCCGGUGGACACCGCGAACAGCGGCAGAAAUCAUCAGUCGGUGAAGAUGGUCGCGGCGGCGGUCGCGGCGGCAGCUGCAGCUGCAGCAGCGGCGGCGGUGGCGGCCAAAGACACCCCGAUUUCCCCAAAGAGGCCGGCGAAGGACUCGACGGUAACGUCAAGGAAUUCGCUAACGAAGAAGACGAGGAACCCGAUCAAGGAGUUGUUCGAGCGCAAGAAGGAGAUAAACGACAGAAAGGAGCAGGAACGCUCGAAGGCGUUCGUUGAGUUGAACGUGCAGAAGCAACGCAAGUCGAAGAAGAACAGGAAACAGCAGCCGGAGUUCCCGCUGAUUCGUAGGAGCGAACACUACGGCGGUUUAGCAGAAAAGAAGAAACGUCGCGAUUCUCUCGACCGGAAAGGGGAGUCGGAGAGGAUAAAGGACGUGUACGAGUUCGACGAGGAGGAGAGUCAAAUGGCGCCCACUCUGGGUAGCGUGUUGUCCUACAGGAGCCAAGUCGAGAAGAGUUUCGAGACCAACUGGUCGAGGAUGAAGAAUGUCGACGGAGACUUGGAUGCCGUCUUAGAGAACGGCAAGGCGAAUUACGUCACGGACACGAAGUUGGACGCUAUGAUCAACCGUAAAUUCCAGGAGCUGGAGAAGUUUGCGCCAAAGACGAAGGGCGCCCUGAAGUCAUUCCAGAGCGAGGAGCAACAGCAGCAGCGGGUCGCCGAGCCGAUUACCGGACCAAUGGACGAAUUCGUGGAAAGAAAGCAGCAACGCGUGAAACGGCCCGUAGAGCAGGGCUCCAAGCAAUCCGGCAAGAUCAAGAAACGAGGUAAAGGCUCGAAGAAGCGAGCGAGAAACGCGUGGUACGAGAACGACAGCUCGGACGAGUUCAGGACGGCAGCUAAGACGGAAGACAUCGGCGUUGGCAUUUCGAAGAGUCAACGCUCGUGCUCGAAGGGCAAGCAGAACCUCUUCGCGGAGUUGUCGACGUCGUCCGAGAGCGAGUACGAGUGGGACGACGUCGAUUACGCGAUCGCGAACGAGCAACGUUCGUCAAAAUCGAGAAAGGGUCCGAAGAAAUUGUUCGACGUCAACAUCGACGAGGCAGACGAUCGACGCGUGGUCAACGAAUCCGAAUUCGACAACGAGGAUCAAAUCGCAAGCGAUUGGAAUCAAGUGCAGGUACAGAAAGAUGCUAUGAAGAACGAUCACGACGGCGUGAAAUCAGAGUCGGAAAUGUCGGAUCAUUCGUUGGUGAUAGACGAGAGGAAGAUGACCGACGAGGCGAGGAACAGUGAUGACGAUGCGGAUAAUCAAUACGAGAGAACGUUUGAGCUGGACGAUUUGUAUAGAGAAGAUAGCUCGGAUGCGGAGACAGAGAUCGAAGAGAACGAAAAGCCGACCGUCGAAGAAGUGAAGAACAGAGCUGAAACGCAUGCAUUGGAUGCAACUUUGCAGACGAAACUUACUUCCACAAACGCGAAAGACGAUUGUACGGAGAAUGAACUGAUUUCCUUGGAAGAAGCUUUAGAUCUCCUCGAUCGGCACGAGAAUCUCGAUCCGAAAACUGAGAGUGUACGUGCGAAAAACAAUAUCGUCAACGGUACUAUGGACGACGCUUUUAACGAUGGCGUUAUUAAUGAGGAGAUGGAGAACAAACGUUUGAGUCCUAUAGAGAUGCGAGAUGAAAAGGAAGAAGCAGACGACGAUGUUCCGGCUUUGCCCGAGAAACUGUCCAGCAACGAGAAACCGCAAAAAGAAUCCGAUCACAAUCUUCCUCUUCACGUGUUCCUCAGCAGAAAGGUGCAGGAAUCGAAAAAACGAAAGCAACAACAGUUAGACAAACUGCGAGAGGAGCAAGAGCGGAUACUCCUGGAAUUUCAGCCGACCAGAAGACAAAGGAAGUGCGCGAUAGGCAAGCAAGGUCUACUGGCGGAAAUAAGCAGCUCGGAUGAGGAGUUGUACGUGAGAGACAGCAGCAGGAAAGGUAGCGAUCACGACAAGUCGCGUAAGAAGAGGGAGUCGAAGGAGAAGAGGAAGGAGAGGUAUCUCGAGAAGAAGCACGAACAGAUGAUUGCCAAGGAACAGAAAGCGAUCGAAGAGGAAAUUCUUCGAGAGGUCGGCAAGAGAAAAGAGAGUCUCGCACACAGCGCGGAUGAUACUGUCUCGAAUACCGAUGCCAUGGAGACAGCCGUUUCCGAACAGAUUCAAAGAAAGAAACAUCAGACGAAGGAAAAGCAUAAAAAAACUGGAGAUGAACUUAUUGACAUGUGG